AGAAACGUUGAUUUACGGAACAAAGUCCUUGAGAUUCAACUUUACAAUCAUUGAUAUUGAUUCUUUGAAUCUUUGCUCUUUAAUUUUUAAAGGCUUGUUAUCGGCUGAAACAAAGUGACUCUAAAUUUUUGGGGUUCCCAAGGUGGCGUAUAUUCCUUCCGGAACAUUCUAUUGCAUUAUAAACUAGUUGCCACUAAAGAGAAAUUUCAUUAAUCAUCAACAAAACAAAGUCAUAUAUCAUUCUAUUUCCAUCAACUUGCAUUAGAGAAAUCAUCAGAGACUCUUUAUUACAGCAUAUUCAAACUACAAAGCAACGUCAAAAACAGAACUAAUGGAGAUUGGUGAACAUUGUGCAUUCUGUGGACAGAUUGAUUUCUUACCAUUUAAGUGUUCAUGUAAAUCAAGUUUUUGCUCUCAACAUAGACAAACUGAAGCUCAUAAUUGUCCCAACUUGAAACUUAAGACCAGUUCGCCAAAACCAACAACAAACAUCGAUGUUGAUACAUCUCAUUUACCAUCUGCAUCUACAUUAUUCCCAGAUCGUUCCAAAUUUAAAGUUGACUUGAAAACAACAGAAACCAAUCCAACAAAUUUGAAAGGUACAUUAAUUAAACAGAAUAAUACUAGUGCCAUUUCAAAACUCAAGAGUUUUUUCGCUAAAAAGUCAAAAAGUUCUAAGAAAGUGUCGAGUAAUCCAUCUAAAAGAAUUAUUGAAGCUGCUCAAUUGAAAUCAAAGGCAAAAGGUGAUUCUAAAAUACCAGCGAGCGAAAGAAUCUUUAUAUGGGUUCAAGUUCUUGAUGAAGAAAAUAAUCAAAUUGAUAAGGAUACAAAGAGUCCAAUGUUCAUAAGUAGAGGAUGGCCAAUUGGGAGAGGGUUGGAUAGUAUAGCUACUCAAUUGAAGCUGAAGAACAUUAAUAAUAGAACUAAUGAUUCAUCUCAACGGUUAUUUUUAUUUAAAGUGGAGAAUGGAGAGAAUUUCAUCAAGUUGAAUACAAGUGAUAGAUGCUCUAGUUUGAAAGAUGGGGAUAAUGUCUAUAUUGUUAGAGGAACUGAGGUAUGAAUAGAAUGUGUUAUGAUAAUCAAAUUAGAUCAUUAAUAUGUAGUACAAGGUCGCUUAAACUGUGUACCCUUUAAACUUUACGCUCUCAACGGUUUCUCAAUAGAAAAGAAAUUCAUACACAGGGUUCGCGAACGUAGCUUUUUUCAAGACCCCCAGAUCGAGGAGCUCAUUAUCAGCGAAAGAUCCCCGAAAUAACCUUGGAAUUUCGCAGCUCGAUGCGUUUUAUAGACCCGUGGUUCAUCUAACCAUUCCACCCAAUAACAAAGAGACAAACAUUCAACCACAGCGUCCACCCUUUUUAACCUCAAAUCCACGUCUUUUCUCAGGUUUUUACUUUUUGCUGUUUCGUUUCAAAAAGGAAAUUCAGACAGAAAAAAAAAA